AUGAAGAUUGCUGACUUUGGAUUGGAAAGGGCAUUUGGUGUUUCUCUUAGGACCUACACUGGCAAUGUAGCAACUCUAGGAUACAAGGCACCCGAAGUCCUGCUUGGCUCCAAUUACUCCACUCCCGUUGAUGUAUGGUCUGUGGGGUGUAUAUUUGCUGAGAUGGUGACCCUUCGACCUCUUUUCUGUGCAACUAGUGAGAGCACUCUUAUUGGUGUGCCAAAUGAUGAAGCAACCUGGCCUGGAGUGACUUCAUUACGUCGCUACAUUGCUAACGGUAAUAGGGAUUUUGAGCUUGUUUUGUCUCUUGAUCUUCCUGUCACCUUGUUUCUCUUCUACCAACAGUUCCCCCAUGUCACACGAAACCUUGGAGAUGAGGUCGCUGGACUUGAACCUGCUGGAUUGGAUCUGCUUUCUAAAAUGCUCUGCUUGGAUCCCCGUAGAAGGAUUACUGCCUCUGAUGCACUUAAGCAUUCAUACUUGAGAAAUUUCUCAGUUCGUCCUUGA